AUGAUUCUCCAAGGCAAGGUUGUUGCGAUAACAGGAGCUGCCACAGGGAUUGGUAGAGCAAUUGCUGUGGGGAUGUCUCAGCAAGGGGCCAAAGUCUCGAUUAAUUACAUUAACGGCCAAGAGAAUGAAAUCCAAAGCUUGAAAGAAGAGAUCCCAGACUUGCUAGCAGUUGAGGGCGAUAUAAGACAUCCCGAAACAUCACUUAAUCUUAUUGAACAGACGGUGAAAAAGUUCGGUGAGCUAAACGUUUUUGUGUCCAAUGCUGGGGUCUGCAAGUUUAUGGAGUUCACCAAAAUUGACUACGAUCUAUAUAAAGACACUGUGAGUAUCAACCUCGAUGGUGCUUUUUUUGCGACACAAGCUGCCGCAGCCCAGAUGAUCAAACAAGGAAAGGGUGGAUCUAUUAUUGGAAUUUCUUCCAUCAGUGCAUUAGUGGGUGGUGGAUUGCAGGCACAUUAUACUCCUACGAAAGCUGCUAUCUUGUCACUCAUGCAGUCAACUGCGUGUGCUCUUGGUAAACAUAGAAUAAGGUGUAAUGCCCUACUCCCUGGAACCAUCAAAACUCAAUUGAACGAGGAGGACUUGCAAGAUCCACAAAAGAAGGCCUAUAUGGAGGGAAGAAUCCCACUGGGUAGACUUGGUGUUCCAUCAGACAUGGCAGGACCAGCAAUAUUUCUUGCUAGCGACCUGUCCGAAUAUGUGACAGGCGCCCAGAUACUGGUCGAUGGUGGGUUGUUUGUAAAUCUACAAUAA